AUGUCUGAUCAUUUCGAGGCUGUUGCCGCCGCACUCGCCGCCAUCACCACCGACGAUGCCCCUGCCGCCGGCGAUGCCCCUGCCGCCGCCUCUGUCCCUGCCGAUGCCUCUGUCCCUGCCGAUGCCUCUGUCCCUGCCGGUACCCCUAUUCUUGUCCCUGCCGCUGCCACCACAGACGCAGCCGGCGAUGCCCCUGCAGCUGCCUGGGAUCCUCUCGACGUAUUCCGUCGUCCUGAACCAUUUCCGACUACUAGCCCAGUCGACCUCUCCUACCGUGCGACUUGGAGGGACUACCCGGAGGAUCCGAGCCUUGUCAUCAAUAGAAUCGAGCUCGAUUGGCAUAUUGUUGAGGACUAUUGGGGAAAAAGAGGCAUUCCGUGCCUGAAGAUCGUAGAAGAUGAAUACGAACACGAUCAAUUUGAACCGACGUUGUGCCACCCGCCGUCGGCAAAGAACUGCCCCGCUACAGCAGCUGAAGCAGAAGUCGAGUUCGUCGUGAUGGAGAAGGUCGUCGGAGCGGCUCGACCUGAUCCUGGUGGGCCAGAAGACGCCUUCGUGACGUAUCAUUUGGCUGGAACGGAUCCUUCUGGGACCAAGCGCUACACCAUCACUGUCCCAAGAGACAAAGUGGACGAGCAUCUGGAGGCUGGUUGGAAGUUGAAGUUUGGUGUCCCAUGUGUCUAUGCCGGGAACCCCAAGUAUUUCGAUGACAGAGAGCGGGCGGAUGCGAACCCGAACGACAUAUUCACCAAGGAUGAUCCUGCGGCAGACACUGAGCGCUUCCUGGAGUCCGGCAACAAAAUUGCCAGCCAGGAGCCUUGGACUCGAAGCAAGUGGAAGUCUGGCAACCUUAUUGGCAAAGAUGGCGCGGAUCCCAACAUUAAAGCCAAGACUGCGUCCAAAAUCCCCAGCGAGCAGUGGGCUGAGUGGAAGCAUGGCACGGAGAGGCGCACCCUCACGUCAGUCGGUCAUGUCCACCACCACCGACGACCUGAGGGUACCGGCGUUGGGUGGGGCUCCUACGACCAGGUGAAUGAAUGGCAGUCCUAUGGCCGUCGCGUUACAAGCGAGAUGGUGGACCAUCGUCCAUGGGGCUUUUCGCCCGGUGCAGCGCUCCCAUUUGUGAACGAGGACGAGACGCCUUGGCAAGUCAUACCCGAGUGGGGCGUCGAUGACGAUCGAGCUAAGCUUAGAGCAAACAUGGUGUUCUCCUUGAAGGAUAUGUUAGAUCGCAAGACAAAGCGAAGCAAGUGA